CAAUUAUUUCUGUCUAAGUGCGACUCUUUCUCUCUUCUUUCUUACUUUGGUUCAGGACACGAAUUAAACAAAGGGGGAGAGAAAGGAUUCAGGAGCACGAUUCAUCCGGUCUUAUUAUCUUCUUUUUUUGUUUUUUUAUUUCUUUAGUGAUGCGAAUAGACUCCCGUUCUGUGCGGCUCUGGUGCCACGACGACAACACCGAUUCCUGUAUUCUAAGCCCUAGAAGCUGCGAUCCCCCAAACUGAAGCGACUUCGACAGGUCAACGCGGCCGCUUUCGUUGCAACUCGGUCUCUCGUCUUCUGGCACACCGGCGCUACUCCUCCGUUCAUAUCUUGAACGUUGAGGUCGCCAGGGCCUCGACUUCUGUUUGGGACAAUCGCGCUGGAAAGAGCGAAGAACAUAAAACAUUCAUGACGUACACAAUGGCUGAACCGUUCAGGAUUCCCAGAUUGGUGCAUCGUUACUGGAUACCGAUCGAGCACGGCCACCAAUCUUCGUUCCGAUGGCGCUAUUCUUCAGCCGCGCAAGGACGUAAGAAGCCGCCACGGACACAUCCUUCCCAGAACACAGUCAUGACAAUUCCCAUUCUGCUCUCGAGAUGCUGGAUUGGAAUCGGACCAAGGGAUAUUCAUAAUUUGAAAUUGGGCGCCAUUAUUUUUAUGGACCUGCCAGAUGAAAAAAAGUAUUCUCACCCUGGUCCCGCGUAUAUCGAUAGGGGCUCACUCCGGCUAGCUAUCGGAAAAGAAGGUCGUGAGUUCCUACAACCCAUCUCCAAUACACGCAACAAUAAACAUUCAGGAACGAUGUCGUCGCCGCCGCUCCAUGUGAACCGGACCUCCUCUUCCGGAUUAUCGAGGUCGAACGGGCCCUCCCUUUCCUUCGUGGCAUGUCGAUGAGCUAUCUACUGUCAAAACCACACCAAGGGUCGUGAACAAUAUUGGACUUAGGAAUAAUGACAGACAAAAAAAAGAAUGCGCACGUGGGCAACCAAA